AUGAUAGGUCUGGAGACCGCUGUCCGUCUGUACGAAUUGUGCCAAGAUGUGGUGAACGGAGGGAAGGGGGUGAGCGCGGAGCACCAACAUCGAGCCGAACGAACGCGAAACGAGGCCCUUGAAAACGUCAAAGCGAAGGGGAUGAAGUCGGCAACGGGGACUGCUGCUGACGUGCGCGGUGCUAGGGGAGGGUUAGGUAAGCGGAAGCGGAAGUCGCGAGGGGAACCCCUCCAUACCGGCUUAGCCUCGUUGGGCUCGGACGGCGUCUUGGGGGGGAGUGGGGGCGGAGAAGAAGAGGCAGACUCGGACGAUGACGACGACGGGCGCUGCUCAGCAAAGGAGCAAACGUGCAGGGACGUCGUAGGGAAGGCCGUGGCGUCCGGCAACCCCGGGAGGCAGUUGAGGUCAGCGCGUCGCUCGCCUAGGUCGUAUGAGCCGGAGGAUGCCGGGGGGGAGGAGUUGGUGAAGACUCUCGCGGGUUACAUAGUGAGGAAGAUGGCAAGGGAGGAGGAAAAGGAAAGGGAGCAGGAGGUAUCAUCCAGCAUGCACCAGCGAAUCGCCACCGUCGAAGCCGGGGUUGAGGCCUUGGGUCAGAGGUUUCGAGGUAUCAAGCAACGGCUGGACCAAAUGUUGGGCGUGUUCGAGAGGUUUGCCGGAGGGGCGGCGCCGGCUGCACCAACCUUUGCCCCUUCGUCCCCCGCCGCUCCUGCUCCUGCAUUCCCCGCCCCCAUGGGGACGGGGAAGUAUUCCAACGGUAGGGGAUCUACGCCUCCGGCGCCGACCCCAGCUGCCGCCAUGGCGGUAGUUUCGGGCACUUCUUCUCGUCCCGCCGCGGUCGGGGUUGACCGCCCGGGCGAAGGACUUGGGCCUGCGGCCCGGACGAAUGCGCGCCUCGAGGUUGGAAGGGUGACGGGACAGGCACCAGCUGGACGGCGAAUCCGCGGUGACGUCGUCCGCCUUCCGGGUUUAUCGGGUCACGGGGCGUCGUCAUCCUCCGCUGCACCCCUGGGAGCUCGUCCGUCUGGCGGGUUAGCUUCGAGGCCCCCAUGGAAGCCUUGACGAAGAUGCUGUCGCGACCGUGGUAGUGGAAUGCGGGUCGGGUCUGGGCCAUUAUGCCUUCACCGUCAGGGGCGCAGCUCCCGCGUUUCCAUAAUUUGUUGCGUACGGCGGUGUGAUUGAUUGCGGAUCGUGUCCAAGUAUGUGUGUGUGCUCUUUUUUUCUGCGUGUCGUCGUGUGCCGUUCUUUUCUUCUCCAUGCCUCAAGUAAUCGUUGUCGGCGAGAAGGAGUCGCAUGGACUGACCGUUUUUUUCUCUUUAUUUUUUCAGCGACCAUCCUCCAAUGUACCUGCUAUCGACACCACCUGUCGCGGGCGCCGGAUGCGCUUUUGUUUUUUGCGUGUUUUUUUUGCAGCUUUCUGGAAAAUGUCGUAUUCGGGCGUGUUUUUUUUUUGUUUUCUUCGGUGUGACUGAUCUUUAUUUCCUUGUCCAGGUCGGUGAAAAGUAUUGGACUGGGGCGACAAUUUUAUUUUUAUUAUUUCUGUUCCGAUUGUUGUUGUGCCCAACUCUCGGGAAAGGUUUCGUUUAUUUUCAUUACAUUUCUUUCGAUGCAUGAU